CGAAUUAAACGGGCACUUGGGCAAAAGCCCAAUGCUAGAUUUUCUCUGGAUCCCUCUAGCGGCGUCGGCUCGGUUGUGCGUGUGGAGGAGCGGUGUGUUUCACGGAGCCUCACCUCCUCCAUACUGCCUCCUUCCUCCUCCUCCUCCUCCUCCUCACAGCUGCGCGUGCACGUCUCCGCCCGACCGCCUUCAACAGAAACAGCGCUCAUUGUUUUGGUGAGUGUACAUUACUGAUCAGCGCUUUCAUAUACCUGAGAUACACAGCUGUGUCUGGCUGGAGAAAGAGGAGAUCAGUAGAUAAAAAUGGUUAAACUUGGAAGUAAUCUCCAGGACAAAGGGAUUAAAGCAGCGACUGUUGAAGAUGGAUUUCAGACGGUUCCCCUUAUCACGCCCUUGGAUGUUACUAGUCUUCACUACCAAGCUCCAGACAAGGUUGUGGUAAAGACACGGACUGAAUAUCAGACGGAGCAGAAGAACAAGGCAAAGAUGAAGGUGCCUAAAGUGGAGGAGUACACCAUAAGCUUUACUGAUGGAGUUUCAGAGAGACUGAAGGUCACAAUCCUAAUUGUUCUGGCUUUAGCUUUUCUUGCCUGCAUAGUGUUCUUAGUGGUGUAUAAGGCUUUCACUUAUGACCACACCUGCCCAGAUGGCUUUGUGUACAAGCACAAACGAUGCAUCCCAGCCUCCCUUGAGGCCUACUACACCGCACAGGAUGCUCACUCUCGUGGCCGCUUCUACACAGUGAUCAGCCACUACAGCAGCAUGGCUAAACAGACCAUGUCACGCUCUGUCUCACCAUGGCUUCCAAAUGCCAAUAUCCAGCACGAUGAUAAACCACCCAAUACUGUCAGCCAAUGAGGCUGCUACUUCUGAUUUCUCUAGUGGCCAUGUCUUCUCAUCAACUUCCCUAAUGCUAUUCUCCAGUUCUACUCUUGUAUUUAUUUUUUUUACUCAUAUAGUUCAUUUGUACAGGCUAUUUAUUUAUGACUACUUUAUUGUACGAUUUCUGUUUUUAUUGUAUUGAAUAUCAGUUAAUUGUUUGUACAAAGGGAUGCGUCUGUGACGCAUGUCAAAAGCAAGGACCCAUAAGAAACCCAUAGUUUCAUGGCUGUCUUAUUCAUUGUAAAAGGCAUGUUGCAGAUACUGUAUGGGAUUUUUUUUGUGUGCUUUGUUUUCAAGCAUAUUGUUUCUGUGGUUUUAUGUCCACACUGGAAUAUAUGAAGAACACUAAUUGAAAGAGAAAAAAUCAUAUAAUGGUGAAAAAAAUACAUGGUUUAUGUUAUGGUUCCUCCUUGAGCCUAAAUGUAAAUAGCUCAUGAUAAGUAACAUCCAGUGUCUGUGUUUCCAUAGAAGACGUUGUAAGAUUAGUACUGUUUAUGAUUAAUAUCCUUUUGGAGCUUUGUGUUUUACUUUAGCCUGCAGUCUGUGAUCAGUCUGAAGAGGAUGUUCCAGGGCCAAAAUACCCAAUGCUCUGGGAGGUAGAGACCCUGACUGCUGCUUCGUCAGAUCUGUGCCAUGAUUGCUUUUUUAUUUCUUGCUGUCUGUGAAAAAUAAAACUGUAUGCUAAAUCCUAGUUACUAUGUAGCAAAGCCUUGAAUAUUUUAUUCUGUAGCCUUGGGGUUUAAAACAGUAAAGAUGUUAUAAGACGUUAA